AUGAAGCUCUUCCGUACCAUCUUCUUCGCGAGUCUUAUCGCGCUCGGCGCGACUAAGACUCUGCGAAAUCUUGUCAACGUCAAGGCAGUUACCACUAUCAAGGACAAGAUCUUCGAGAACCAAAACCUUACCGUGAGAGGCGAUACAGACUCUGACUAUGACGACUCUGACGAUGACGACGACGACGGAUACACAAACCCUGCUAAUGAUCAGCUCUGGUUUGAUUCACAAUGUCGAGGAGCAAAACUAAUGUUUGCGUCUACCCAAAACCCGCCGGAAGCCAUUCGGUUCGUGAAUCCCUUGACAUCUCAAUGGGAUGGCGAUAUGAAGCACGAACUCGCGGCAUGGGGUUACAAAGAAGAUACUAGCAAUCCCGAUACCGAGUGUGAAAUCGGCGCAAUUCAGCCAAUGCUCGAUGCGCUAGGAAUCUCCAAAAUAAAUUCUCUUCACGGCGGGCCAAACCAUUGUUUCUCCGUUGAACACGGCGAUAGCGAUAUCGUGGAAAAGGAUCCAAAUGGAAGACUACCACCCCGCGAAGAUCAGUAUUAUACUACAAAUGGCCGGAGAUACAGGGUAACAGAGGCUUAUGCCACCAUCAUCAUCAACCCGCAAGCUGGUCUGAUCUUCUUCCUUCGCCGCGGUUCUGCCGGAAUGGAAGCCCGCUCACUAUGGGGCAUACGUGAUGGAGAUCCAGUUCCUUCAGAUGAGUUGCCAGCUUUGCGUGCGAGUUCAGACUUAGCAUGGGGAUUCUGGAAUCGAAUUGGCGGCAAUCGCUGCGUCAAGACAAUUCGCAUGUUUCGUGGGAAUCCGCUCUCGCAGGUACCCAACCUGCUCUUCACUGUUGACUGGGCGCCUUCUCCACCGGCAGAUGCACCGACGGAUCCCGUGGAGGUUUGGUUACCGCAUCCGGAUUCUGGUAUGGGAGACCUCACAGAUAUACACGAAGGUAAAUUGGUCAAGAGAAGCGGCGAUGGAAAGAACAUUGUGAGGAGUCACAAAUUAUGGAUGAAUCUUUGA